UGUCAGAGCGCUCCAUCGCUUCAGACAAUCACAAGAGAGGAAGAGAGAGAGAGAGAGAGAGAGAGAGAGAGAGAGAGAGAGAGAGAGAGAGAGAGAGAGAGAGAGAGAGAGAGAGAGAGAGAGAGAGAGAGAGAGAGAGAGAGAGAGAGAGAGAGAGAGAGAAAGAAGGAGAGAGAGAGAGAGAGGAGGUAGAUAUGUGACAGGAUGUGGUUUCCCUGAGUUUGCAGAACAUAGCCGAGGCAUACUUUGAGCAUGACCUAAACGCACGCACUCAAAGUGUUUGCUGCGCACCGUUAGCUAGUGAGCCUCUGGCGAGGAUAGAAUAAGCUGGCAGAGCUACUGAUCCCAUCCAGAUUUUAGUCUUCUUCUUGUCUUUUUUUCCCUCUUUGACCGAAAGCCUCAGUUCGAGCUGUAUCUGCAGGACCUGAGUGAAGAAUCGCAGAGGAUCUGAGCGUGGACUGUUGCGCGGUGCUGUUCUCCUGUCAGUAGAAUGUGUGUGUUUGUUCGAGGAGCAGUUCCAGUGGCUUUCUCUUGAUCUCAACAGUGAACUUUCCAACUCCUGUAGUCAACAGCUUCUGAUCAGGGUCCACACACACUCUGGGGAGAUGGGCUGUGGACUGAGGAAGCUGAAGCCAUCAGAGGAGAGCAGUCCAGGGAAGAUCUACUCCACCCUGAAGAGACCACAGGUGGAGACCAAGGUGGGCGUAGCCUACACAUACCAAUACGUCAACUUCCUCGUAGGGAAAGACGAUGGCUCAUCUACACUGUGUCUUUCGUCUGUGCGGGAGCUCCCAGUCCAGCUCCAGGACCUGUACCAGCAGGGCUUCUCCCUAGUUGCCGUUCACCCCUUCAUUCAUCCCUGUGGUUCCGACGCAGUCAGCCCCCAGCACCAGCUCUACAGGGCCGUGCUGAUCCGACUCGAUGAUGGGUUGGAGAAAAGCCAGUCGAGCUGUGCUCCCUACCGUCUGCAGCUGGAGCAGUGUCUGUCUACCGACCAGGUGCCCACCCCUGAGCUCAUCCAGGGCUAUGUCAAGAAGCAGAUCCAGGAUGCUGCAGACCAGGGGGUCAUGUUUGUGGGCUUCAUCCAGGAGCCGUGUGGGGUACGAGGUACCCAGACCAGAGAACCAGAGACGCCCUCCCUCUCCCUCCACUCCAGCCCCAGCUCCAUGUUAGGCUCCCUGAGCAGCCGAAGCCCCACUAGCCCCCGGACCAAUGGAGAACCAGGAGCCCAGGAGCAGGCGAUGGACACUGGGGCUGAUGAGGGCCAAGUCUCCUUAUGUAAGGGUGGGGAGGGGGAGCACCAGACUAGGGACACUGUGGGGAGUGAAACCACUGUCGGGGAAAGCAACCAUGAUGGGUCCUCUCUUCCCAUAACACCAUCCACAGAGAGCAAGCAAGAUGAUGAUCAGGAUGUUAUAGUGGAAGACACACUGACACACAACAAUAACAAGACAAACGUCAUAGAACUGAAGGAGAAGCCAAGCCGUCACCCUCAGAGAGCCAAUGGAGUGGAGUUGCUAGCCCUGUUCAACCACCCAACUGACAGUGAGGGCCAGCUGAAGUACUACACUGUGAAGGUACCGCUGAAGGUUCAACUUCGUGACGAGGGGGUCAAAGGGGUGGAGGCCAACUGGCUGGAUCACAUGACCCAGCACUUCAACAACGGGGCCUCACUCGUUGAUGGAUACUUCCACCUGGGCAACGACAAUGAUUUGCAGCUUAAGUCAGUGGAAAGCGUCUUCAUCUUCCAGGAGGGGACGGAGGGCGGCGACCAGAGCGUGACCACCACGUACGACGCCAUCGUUGUGGAGCAGUGGACUGUCAUUGAUGGCUUGCAGGUGAAGACAGACUAUGUUCCCCUGCUCCAGUCUCUUGCCAUGUACGGCUGGAGACUAACGUGUGUGCUGCCUACACCCAUCAUCAAGACCAACAGUGAUGGAAGUUUGGCCACCAAGCAGGUCGUUUUUCUUCAGAGACCUGUCCUUCCCCGCAAGAGGGGGGACUCCAAGAAACUGAUAUUCAAAAGCAAGUCCAACAAGAACUCUGUUAAAGACGCGUCAAAAAACAAGAAGAAGAAGAAAAACAAGCAAUUGACAGCAGAGAAAGAUCUGGAAGAUUCCAAGAUUCUUGAUGAUGGGGAAAAGGUGCUCAAAGAGAAGAGGAACUCGAAGGAAAACAAGGGGAACAAAAAGGAGAAAGUGAAAGAGGCGGAGGUAGAGACUGUGUGUAAAGAGGGUGGGGCUCCCUGUGAGGUGGAGGAAGAGAAAAAAGUUGAGGCAGAAACUGAGGAAGGGGUAGAAAGCGGGGUAGAAACUGGGGAGGAGAGAGUUGGAGCUGCAGGAACAGAUGACAAGAGCGACAAAGAGGGGAGAGUGCAGGAGGGAGAAGAAGCAGGGGCAGAGACUGAGGAGGAAAGAGAUGGAGAGAGGGAGACCGUGGAAGAGAAAGAAAAUGGGGUGGCAGUUGAUGAUGAAACCGAAACUACCAAGGGUUCAGAGGUGGAGGUGGAGACCAAAGAGCAAGGGAGGAAAGAGGAGAAAGGGGGAGGAGCUGAAAUGGAAGUGAAGGAAAAUGGGGUUGAGACUAAGGAAGAGACAAAUGGAGGGGAAGAGAAUGGAGAAACUGAGAAUGUUGACGUGCAACAAGACCCAACUGACCAGGAUGAACAUUUAGUGCAGGAGGUGCAAAAGGCAGUAAAGGAUGAUGAACAGAUCAAAUUGACCAAUCAAUGCCCCGAAGAAAGUCAAAGGUCGGAUGUGUAAACCUCUUCAGACCACAGCAGACAUCACACCUAAGGGUUCUCCUGCCCAUCAAUCAUGUACCUACGAAACAUCAUAACCUGAGAUAGGGGCUCCACAAAGUCACCAUUACCCCUUGGAACAGCCUAAAUUGCUGCCACAUCCUCCUACCAUGUAAUCACUCUAUCCUCUGCAGCAUCUCUCCACAAUGGACACAUCUCUACCACAGAUGGAGACACACCAGUCUCUCUCACAGCCUCAGACUGAUCCUAUGCCUACACAUAGUGAACGUACAUAACUGAGAAUGGUGCGCAGGAUACUAAUGUACGAGAGUCACUGCAUAUAAUGGACAAAUUGAUGGAACCAAUGGGGCUUGGGUCUGAAGAAACACAGACUUUAACCAGGCAAACUCGCUUGUCCUUAUUUGUACAGUACCAUAGUGGUACAGUUACUGUAUGUCACAUGGGUUUAGAUGAGGAGCACUGUGGGAAAUGUAGUGGUUGUUGUUGCGACAGGCAAUCCAAUGCAAGGUGAAUGGAACUUGAUUUACUUUUAGCACAUAAUGUAAAGUACUACAGAUGAUGCUGAUAAUCGCUUUGAUUCUUAUAGUAGGUAUGACGCAUUCGCCUUGCAUUCCGAAUGUGUCAUUAUCCAAGGCAACUCAAGGGUUUGAUAAUGGAGUAAAUCUCCAUUGAAUGUGUGUGUGGGUUGAGUGGAAGUGAAGUGUGAUGAGAACCGAACUUGUAAAUGUUGAGUCAACUUUGAGAGUUUACACACGUUUGAUUUUAAUAGCUUUUCCAAUCAAUGGUCAUUAAAAAGUACUUGGCAAGUAUGAGGGCAAGGUUAUGGGCUGUGCCAUGACUGGCUGUUCAAGAUAGAAACGGAGCACAGAAGAAGUUUAAAAAAAAAUAAUGAUUGAGCAAUUUGGAAUAGCUAUGUUCGAAUUGUCAUUUUCCAUUGACUUUGCUUUAGUAUUUCACCUCAAGCUUUUAAAGCACCUCUUGGCGGUGUCAUUUCUGACCAUACCAAAAUCAUAAUGUAGUCUUUCAAGGUAUCAUGUUGCUUUUCAUUUUAAAGUGGUGCUGCAUCGAUGCUGUGUGGAGAAAUCAUUAACCGGCUAAUGGACUUUGUCAGUGGGGUGUCAGUCAAGUCAUACAUUUAUAAUGGGGGUCACUUAUGUGGCUAUUGACAGUGGAAAACCUCACCUCGAAAAAUAACAAAUAGCACUUCAUCUGGAUUGUGAUUUUCAUAGGGAUUGAUUUUUCUUGUGCUGCAGUUGCUAAGCAAAGUCUGUAGAAACCUGUAUGUUUACAGAUGAAUAUAGGCUUGUCGCCGUUUUGUAGAUGUGGUAUUUUUCUGAAUAACCGACUGUUCUGAAAUGUUCAUCUCAAUGGCAGAUGUAUUGUAUAGAAUAGAAUUCCAAACUGUGACCAGGAUAGCCUUAUUGUGAUACUGGGCCUAAAUCGUGAAGUACAAAUGUCAGAAGUUUCAGUGUUAUAGCCUGAGAGGGUUGCUACAAUCAGUGUUUGAAGGUAACACGAAGGUAAGUUCAGUGUUCUCUGUUUUAGAUUUGAACGGGAGGUAAGGAAUUUGGCUUUAACAGGUGUUGUUGAUUUAAAGGGUAAGUUUCUGUGUUUGAUUUGAAGUUAGGCUCAGUGUAUUCUGUCGUGCUAACGCUAGCUGAAGUGUGCUUUCUAACGCUCAUACUGGAGCUAGCUACCUCCUUAGGCAUAUUGGGGAUUUGUAGCUAUGGAGUCGUCAUUGGCAACUUUUUCCACCAUAUGGUCCAUGCUGUAGGCGUGAGGUCAUUACUAAUGGCCAAGUGGUCAGGGGUCAUGUUUGAACCAUAUUUGAUGGAUUUUCCACAGCUGCUACUUGUUCAAGUAGAAAGGCGUUUGCCCACAUGUCAAAUAGCAGAUUUGAUAUGAAGUCAGGAUCUUUUUUUAUUUUGUGAUAUUAUCUGUGGUAUUGUGUUUUUCCAGCGACACUUCGCUUUAGGCGAUUAUGAGCUUCAAUAAGCACUUGUUGUAUUCAACAUAUUUUAUUUAGCUUUGUGGGUCACAGCUAAAGAGAGAAUAUAAAUUACUUGUCAGUUUUAAUAUUUGUGGGGCUAGGACGAAUAUGAGUAAGAAAUGUACAUCUAAAACACCCCUCUGUGAUAACUGUAGAGAUUAUCUGGAACCUGAGACAGAUUUCCCCAUUGGCUUCUUAUCAAGUCAUUUUUUCUCUUUAGAUUUAAACAAAUCGCUUUUUGCCCGGAUAUAAGAUCAUGUAGGACUGUCAUAUUUGCUUAUUCAUACAUUGUUUAUUAUGUGUUCAUCAGUUCUGUUGUUCAUACCAAUUUGAGUCUUUUUUUAUAUAUCUGUGAUCCUUGCUCCUUUGUAUAUUAUUUUACACGGAGACAAUACUGCCUGUUCAAGUACAGUGUACAUCAAGUUAUGGUAGGAAAGUGUGGAAAAAUACAGCCAGGAACUAUCAGGUGAUCUCAUCCUUUACAUCAUUGUAUUUUAACACCUACAGCAUUCCGGUAGGACACCAUUAACAUGGACAACUGUAACCUCCACAGAGUUGGGUCAAAUGACACCAGGUCCUGUAUCCGUUUGUAUUACCUGGGGAGUCGUGAACUCCAUGCCCUCAUCUCUCGUGAUAAGAGAUGAUUUGUGAUUGUACAUUUGCUCAGCUUGGACAUAAGUAGACUCUGGGGAGAGUGGGUAGACUACAUGUUUCCUGGUACUGAAAAACAAGGAUAUGGAGAGAAAGUGAAGCAGGAUCUGGCACUUCAUCAGUUAAAUGAUGCUGAAUGUUGUUUACUUACUCUUCCUUGACGAUCCCUCAUCCUGUGACUAACUAACCUCAGCCUUGUCUAGACCAAGCGCCUCCAACCCACUCAUGGAAAAAAGGUAAUCUACUAUUUCCUGUCUUUAUGUAACCAUAAUUGUCUAAAGCUCAGCAGUCAGUGGCAGUGCAAUUGUUCUUGAUAAUGCUGUGCAAAAUGUGUGUUCCAGGGUUCAUUUCCUGUGUGUUAUGAUGUGAAAUGGACAGAUUAGAAAUGACAGAAACAUGAUACAGUAGGAGGGCAAUCUCUUUAUGUUGUCACUUUAGCUUGGUCGUGGCCUCUGGAAUUGUAUUGUAACAUCUCCGAUGUUACUGUUUUCAUCACCUGCGCUGCCAUUUUGAAUGUUGAGUGUCUUUGGUCAUCGGCUACCGUCACGCACUGCAGCCUUUGUAAAAACGAAGGUAUUCUUUGUAUUCGCUUUUCAUGGAAAUGUCCACAUCCCUACUGUUCAUGACUGUACAAUUUGUAUAUUAUAAAAUUAUUUAUAUUUAA